AACCAAAGAGACAACACAUCAGCAGUCAAGCUCAAAAGAACAACAAGUAAUAGAAAUUGAAAGAAUCUUUCAGCAAACUAAAGCAAAAUGAAUAAAAUGCUACUUGUCUUGGUUCUAGCCAUCACCUUACAGGUGGUUGUGAGCGCCCCCAGGGCCAAAGUGGAAGAGGCAAAUCUUAUCCAUCACCAAGGAGAUGUGUCAACAUCGGAUCGCUUUGAUUUGGUGGAAGAUGUCUAUGAAAAUCUACAAAAGACUGUUUGGCCCAAGGAUGUCUAUGGCAAGGCUACCGAAUAUCUGGAGGGAGUGAAAUCUUGGGCCGCGACCAAUGACGAGUUAGGUGCAUCAUCCAUCUAUAAUGCUCUAAUCAUGCACAUCAACAAUUGUUUGAAUCUCCUGAAAGAGCUUUCCACUGAUCCCCAUAACUGCAAGAAACAGUGGUCUUUGAAACACGAACACCAUGAAAUAAGAUCGCUGUUCGAUUCCGUUGACAGUGCCAAGCUUCGUCGUGGUUGGGUGGAAAAAUAUCUGAACUUUGUGACACCUCUGCGUUCAGAGAUAAAGACCAAUUAUGAACAUUUCUAUACAACCCUGAGCACAGAAGUGCAGGAAUAUCUAAAUGGCUCAGAUCAAUCGCCCAAGGAUGAUAUUCGUGUGUGGUUGAAUAAAUUCAAUCAAGAAAACGAUUAUGUGAAGAAACAAAAGUUGGUAAUGGAAUUUUUGGGUCUAUUCCCCAGCGAGAGACAAGCCUUGGAUGCCAAAUGUGAAGUGCAAUAUUCAAAUGGAUUGUAGAUCAAACUGGUAACAAAAAAUAAUGGAGUUUUGGUUUUUUUAAUUUUCUAAACAUGUUUGCUAAUUGUCAUACUUUUUGUUCUAAACCUUAUCCUUUGGGAAAAUAAAACUAACUUAGACCAAA